AUGUCUUUCUUCAGCAUGCUCAGCAGCAACACGUUUAAUGUCCUAUGCAAUAUCCAUGACCAUAGUGAAUUGAUGUCCAGUCACGAACACGGCCGGUUAGCGACAACCAACCUCCACCACGCUAACUACUAUAAGUCGAGAGAUAAAGAAGGCUUUUGCAUCAAAGGCUCUACGAUGUCUGCUAUGCUUUUGACAGGCGGCGGCCAUGCCAUCUUCUCAUGUCGCAUCUACCAAGCCGCCGUGCUGGCAAGGACUCGCCGCCAUGUCCAGCAUCAUAUCCCAGCCGCAGAUGGAUGUCCGGUCCUUGUCGCGGCAUACCAUGAUGCAGCGAAGCUGGUCAAGCGCAUCCAGUCGACAGCCGCUACUACUACUACUGAUACGACGACGACGACGACAUCAGCUGCGUCUACGGCGGAAGAGAGCAAUACUGCUCUGGCUGAUCUAGGGGAUUCCCUCAUGCUAGGCCCUCCCAUCGUACAGGGCCAGUAUGAGGAAAACCUGAUGAGACUGGGCAAUGCCUACGCCAACGGUGACCAGAAUGCGCGCGAAGCACUCAAGGAUGUAGUUAUCAACCUGCAGCUGACUCUCCUGGCGACCCUGCGCAUGGCGCUGCUUGACAACCUAGACUUGGAUUUCGAUGCCCUGCAGCGGGCGUCCGACGAGAGCAGGGUGAAUGCGCUGGUCUGCCUCUUCCAACUCGGCCAGCGUCUCAGCUUAGGCAGCCCUUCUAUACAUCCAAAGAUGCCGCCAUCAAACCGACAGACGGUGGUCCUCGGUGAUCCAGGAGGUGGAAGUAGCAACAGCCACAUCAACGGCAAAAACAACAGUCAAUUCGCCAUCCCCGUGGACGCAAAGAUGGCCCCUCCUAUCCCUCCCAUGUCUCCGUCUCGGGUGGCCUCGAACUCGGCAUCCUCUGGCGACAGAGUCUCGCGAGACAGCAGCUACAUGCACCACCGUCCACCUAGCAGCGUCAACCCCGUCUCACCACCUCUGAACCCACAGCAGCCUGGCCAUAAUCCGGCAGCGGUGACCCCCAUAUAG